AUGUUCAAAUACUCGCUUGCAUGCCUGGCCCUCCUGGCAACCGGGUGUCUCUCAUCAACCACAACCACAACCACUAGCAAGCCAGGCUACUCGCGGAACAUCACCUCGACCGUUACCGACCCCUCGUUCAGUUUCGGGCAACACUAUGCAGUGCUUAAUCUAGAUCUUAUCGAUGGAUUGGUGGCAAAUGUGAAUACCACUAAGGCCGGGCAGCUAUGGAUUGACAAUGUUGCGAAUUGGAUUGAUGCCGUGCACAAGCAGGACUCUCCUCCCUUGAGUAUCUUCACUCGCAUCUUCUUCUCCAACACUUACCGUCCUGAACUCGGCAACGCACCCUUCGCCAGCGCGGUGACUAGCCUCGGAAAUGCCACAGCAUCGAGUCCCGAUAGCCAAAUUUAUUCUGCUUUCAAGACCCUAGAUAAUUGGGAUGUGGUGCUGCAGAAAGCGCGGUAUUAUGCUGGUGCUGGGAAUCAGUUGGAGGAGAUCCUCAGUAGUCAAAAGAUUGAUACGGUGAUUCUGCACACUAGUGGCUGGGGAAGUUUGACCCCAACGACAGCAAGGACAAAGAGUCCCAACUGUAUGCGUCCAUUUCCCAACCAGGACACGCGAAAGGACCAUGCAUCUGAAAAGCGACGGUGGUGGCGCAUGCAUGCAAUAUCACAGGGAGCAGCAGGUUGCCCUGGUGCCACACCGUGCAUAAAUUCCGAGUCUCGUAGGUCGGCGGCUGCAUCGCACAUAUUUGAGACAUCGAGGGCGCCAAUUAAUUUUUGUCUGGAUGGAACCGGGGAUGAAAGAAGGGCUAUUUUGGGUAGAAGUACUUUGGAAACCCUCCCCAACCAAUCUUCCCAUCGCGAACGGAGCAUUCCGUUGAGACGGUCGCCAACAGAUGCCAGAAGGCGCAAACGCGGACAUGCCGCAUGGGCGGUGCUGGUCGCUCAGGGACCCGAGCCACAGUCAACAGCGAGUGGCCGGGAGACUCGCCGGACGGGUUCGGAGUUGACCCCGGUCGCAAUCCCCCAAGCCGACCCGGACAAGACAGGGGUGGAAUGA